AUGUCGACCGCGACCCCAGCGCCCACGCGCAAGCCGAUGCCCUCGGCAUUGACCUUUGACUUGCAUGCAAAGUGCUCAACCACCAAAGCACGUGCUAGCACCCUCAACCUCCCCCAUGGCUCCGUUCCCCUCCCCAUCUUCAUGCCGGUUGCGACGCAGGCGUCCCUGAAGGGCUUGACAUACGACCAGCUACGGCAGACAGGAUGCCAGCUCUGUUUGAACAAUACGUAUCACCUUGGCCUGAAACCCGGGCAAGCGGUUCUAGACGCAGUGGGCGGGGCGCAUAAGUUGCAGGGAUGGGAUCGAAAUAUUCUUACGGAUAGCGGAGGAUUUCAAAUGGUCUCCCUGCUGAAACUGGCCACUGUCACGGAGGAGGGGGUCCGAUUUCUGAGCCCCCACGACGGCACGCCGAUGCUGCUCACCCCGGAACAUUCGAUCUCGUUACAAAACUCUAUCGGCUCGGAUAUCAUUAUGCAACUGGAUGAUGUGAUUGCGACCACCUCGCCGGACCAUGCGCGUAUCCACGAGGCCAUGGAGCGCUCCGUCCGUUGGCUGGACCGUUGUAUCGAUGCACACAAAUAUCCGGAGCGACAGAAUCUGUUCUGCAUCAUCCAGGGUGGACUAGACUUGGAGCUUCGGAGACAAUGCUGUGCGGAGAUGGUGGCCCGAGAUACGCCGGGGAUUGCGAUUGGCGGACUCUCUGGCGGAGAGGCGAAGGAGGACUUUUGCCGAGUGGUGGACACCUGCACGGGACUGCUUCCGGAGCAAAAGCCGCGAUACGUGAUGGGCGUGGGAUAUCCGGAGGACCUGAUUGUGGGCGUCGCUCUCGGCGCGGACAUGUUUGAUUGUGUCUGGCCGACCAGAACGGCUCGUUUCGGCAACGCCGUGGUGCCCACGGGCACGCUGAACCUGCGGCAUCGGUCCUUUGCGGAGGACUUCCGGCCGGUGCAGGAGGACUGCACCUGCACCAUCUGCCGGCCGAAGGAGCAGGGCGGGCUGGGCAUCACGCGGGCAUACCUGCACCACCUGACGGCAAAGGAGACGGUGGGAGCGCAUCUGCUGACGAUGCACAACGUGCACUAUCUGCUGUCGCUAAUGGGAUCGGCGCGGCAAGCGAUCCUGGAGGACCGGUUCCCGGCUUUCCUGCGCGAAUUCUUUGGGACGCUGUAUGGGAAGGACUAUCCGGAGUGGGUGGUGACGGCGCUGCGGGGGGUGGGAGUUGACCUGAUGGCUUAA